GCGCGCGUGUCCUGUUUUGGCUGCCUAUACCAGGAUCAAAGGACGAUCCGCGGUCAUGGCGAUAGCGUGAAAUAACGACCUCGGGAGUCCUUUUUCUAAAACAGUUCACAAGAGUGUCCGCGAGCGGCACUUAAAUUCCUCCGCGUAGCAUGAGAAAGUGAAGCACAGCAUAACCUGCAGUGGAGGUGUGUGCUUGCCUGGCAGCCAGCAAGCCAGCAAGCCAACAAGGUGUGGCUCAGCCGUCGUCGACUGAUCGGUCCGCAUCCCUUUUCCUGCUCGCUGCCACACGGUGCCUCGAUUUCAACAGAACGCCUAGACACCACCGGAGAUGCUGCUGGUUGGUGUGUGCUGAGUAUUGGGCUAGUGAUCUUUUGACCGCUUGGAUAAUUCUAUUAACAAGCUUCCCACCGCCAUCGCCACCCUCUCCCGUCCACGAGCAUAGAUUUCGAUCGCGCUCAUCGCGUCUUCCGUCGCCCUCAAAAAGUGUUCGCAAUACGUGGUGCUUCAUGCGAGUGUGCGUUGCAAUUUGCAGUAAAAUAGUGGAAAUCAGUGAAAAUUAAGAGUGAAAAGAUCUCAGCAGGCUGUGGGCCAGAAAAUUGGGUGUUGCCUCAACGCGUGGAUCGCGCGGUCCGUGUUUGUGCGUGCGUGCGUGCGUGCGUGCGUUUGUUGGCUCCGAGGUAUUGGUGGCGCAUUUUGCGGGAGCCCAGCUUCGAGUCGCGAUAAAAAAAAACGGUCUUCAGGGUGUUGGUGGCGCGCGAUCAUCGCGGCGAACAAAACAGAAAUCAAAACACGUUGUGAACGUCGUCGUUUGUAAGAUGAAACCGGACAGGCAUCCGGCCUGUUGGCCGGGUGGUGCAGCAAGCACUCUGCUCUGUCUCCUUCUUCUAUGCCAAACGAUCAUCCUGCCAUCCCGAGCUCAGCAACCACAAGCACAGCAACAAUCGAACAACGAUGCGACCCGGUUCAGCAGCAACAAUCCACAACAGCAGGACCCAUUUGGUCGACCAACCUACAAUCCGUCCUACCAGUAUGACCCGAAUGCACCACGAACCGGCCAGGGAGGCGUCGGGACUGGUGGCAUCGGCGUACAGCCAACGUCCGGUACCAACUAUCAACCCAACUUCUACAACAACGAUCUAAACAGCAACAACGUCAAUAACCGAGACUCGAACAACAUCGACAAUCGGUAUGAUCCGAUCAACCGGAACGUCGUCUUCCAGUCGACGACACCGCGCGAUUAUUUCUUCAAUCGCCAAACGACUCCCCGUUCCCGGAUUGGCAUCAAUCGUAAUUCCCUCAUCAACGACUAUGGAGCCGGCAAUCCGUUCAACCAGGGCAUCACGUACUUUAUCGUGGCCUCGCGAUUCGUACGCCCCGGCCAAGUGUACAAGGUGUCGGUGUCGGUGUACGAGUCGCGCCGUCCCCUCAGCAUCCGUGCCAGUAUCUCACGGGACGGCGUAGAGAUGAGCAGCGAGACGAAGGAGAUCACGGUCGGUGUACCGGAGUCACUGUUGAUGCGUGUCCCACCCACGAGCGUGGUGGGCGAGUAUAAGCUACGGAUCGAGGGUUCGCACGAUCGCGACUUUGGUGGCUACGUGUUUGCGAACGAAACGAAGCUGAUCUUCUCCCAGCGCUCGAUGACGAUCUUCGUGCAGACGGACAAACCGGUGUACAUGCAGGGUGAAACGAUACGAUUCCGGGCCAUUCCCAUCACGACGGAGUUGAAGGGAUUCGACAAGGAGAUGGACGUGUAUAUGCUCGAUCCGAAUGGUCACAUUAUGCGGCGCUGGUUGUCACGCCAGUCGAACCAGGGUUCGGUCAGUCUGCAGUAUCAGCUCUCCGAUCAGCCCGUGUACGGUGAGUGGAAGAUUCGUAUCGAGGCGCAGGGACAGACCGAGGAAACCGUCUUCAACGUGGAGGAGUACUACCAGACCCGGUUCGAGGUGAACGUUACGAUGCCGGCGUUCUUCUUCAGCACCCAGCGCUUCAUCCAUGGGCGCAUUAUGGCCAACUUCACGAACGGCACCCCGGUCAAGGGUAACUUGACGCUGAAAGCGACGAUCCGUCCGAUCGGAUGGUUCAAUCCGCAGGCCAUCAAUCAGAUGAAUCGCGUCGGUAAUCUGGGUCGUCUGUCCAACAACCCGAACCUCCUGAACGUUCCGUACUAUCAGCAGCGUGGCUAUCAGGAUGCGAUCUACAACAAUCCCCAGAACACCUACACCAGCCAGCUGAACCGUGAUCAGAGCGCCAGUGCAGGCGUUGGUGGUUCCGGUAUCGAUGGGCAGCCGGGUUACGAUGGACGUUACCCGUCGUCCUACCAGGAUACGUACGUGAUCGAGCGGCACCUGAACUUUGACGAAGAGUGGCCCUUCUGGAUUAAGAAACCGGUGGAAACGGACGCCCAGUGGGAUUCGUGGUCAAACACAUACCGCGAGAGUCUACCUUUCCUGCGUUUCUUCAACGGUAGUUACGAUUUCCGCUUCCCCAUGUCGGAACUGGC